AUGGCAGAGGCGUUCUCAGUCCAGGACCGUGAGGCCCCAGCCAGCGGACUCUGGCCGCCAGCAACACGCGGAGAGUGCGUUCUUGGAAAUUUUACUUUUAACAAUGGCGAAACGCUCCCGGAGCUGCGGCUACAUUACCAAACCCUCGGCACCUUGAGGACCUCGGAAGAUGGGAAGGCCACCAACGCCGUGCUCAUCAUGCACGGAACCGGCGGCUCCGGCGACCAGUUCCUCAACGCACAGUUCGCUGGGCAGCUCUUCAAUCCCGGCCAACUGCUGGACGCACAGAGGUACUUUAUCAUCCUCCGCGACGGCAUCGGCCACGGCCGGUCAAGCAAGCCCAGCACCAGCGGCCUGAGGGGCCGUUUCCCACGGUAUCGCUACGGGGACAUGGUCCGGGCCGACCACCGCCUGCUGACGGAGCACCUAGGGGUCGGGCACCUGCGGCUGGUGAUGGGCACCUCGAUGGGUGGGAUGCAAAGCUGGCUGUGGGGCGAGGCGCACCCGGGCUUCAUGGACGCGCUGAUGCCGCUCGCGUCAUUACCGGUGCAGAUCUCCGGUCGGAAUCGCAUGUGGCGUAAGAUGGCCAUGGAUGCCAUCAGGGCUGACCCCGGGUGGAACGAAGGGGACUAUGCUCUUGACCAGCAGCCGCGGGCGGGAUUGACCACCGCAUUGGAUAUCCUCACGCUCAUGUCGUCGAGCCCGCUUCAGUAUCAAGCGGAGGCGCCCACGAGGGACGCGGCAGACUCGUUCUUGGAGGGCAAAAUUCAGAACGGGCUCGAGUCGACGGAUGCAAAUGACCUGCUCUUUGCGCUGGAUGCUUCAUUCGAUUACGACCCUCGACUUGACUUGCACACGAUCACGGCGCCGCUGAUUGCGGUGAACACGGCCGAUGAUCAGAUCAACCCGCCUGAGCUGGGAAUUCUGGAAAGGGAAACGAGGAGUGGUCUCAAGAAGGGAGUCGGCAAGGUUGUUGUGUUGCCCAUCACCGAGGAAACGAGAGGGCACGGCUCGCAUACCGUGGCCAAACUAUGGAAGCAUCUUCUUGAAGAGCUUUUGCUUAUGACCGAAAAAAGCUGA